UGGAUUCGAAAAGAAAGAAAAAGCCAUACAUACAAAUGCAUAAAGUGUGUUUGUUCAACGUUCAUGUCAUUUUUGGGGUCACUAUAAAAAUAACGUGGUUGAAACUCAAAAUGUUCGCUUCCAUUAAAUCAUAUAUUUUUACACACUAUUAAUUGGUAUUCUAUAAUUACUAAUGUCUGUCCUGUAUCGAUUUCAGUUUUCCUUAAAGACCCUCGUUUUCACAGUUAACCGGCCUGCACAUUACCCAAGUGAAUAUCCACUAUUGACCGUGACCUGAAACUAGGUACCUAUACUGUAUUCGGUAAAAUGAUUCUCCAACGUAAACGUGCCCUUAUUUUCACACCAUCGUCCAGUGAACGAUUUCACAACUUCCUGUAAUUAAAACGAUCACUAUUUCGUUCCGAUUACCAGUGCUACUGAGUUACAUCACUUGUUAUUGAUUUUUUUUUCCAGCACAAGAAUAAAAACAACCAAAACGUCGUAGUCACGAUACCGAGCGACCGAUAACGUGACAUAAUAUUGGGAAAUGCGUGUGUAAAAACAAACCAAAACCGAAAACCAAAACUUUGUACAAUUAGUGUGACACGGUUCAUUUCAUGCGGUGGAGGUGGAAUAUAACCCGCAUAUGUUGAGGAUUUAUUCGUCGAUCAAAAUGACAGUUUACGAACAGUGUUUGUGUCAAAAGCAUCAUGUGCAUCCGAGUCGAAAUCGAAUUGUCGUCAUGAAUACCGUGCAUGACGAUGGAUACAAAACGAUUGUUGGCUUUAUUCUGGUUAUCGGCACUAGCGUGCGGUCGAAGAUUGAACGACGAGCACACUAAACAAAAUAGUUCAAACAGGAAUUUACCUACAAAAUCAGUUGACACUCAAGACGAUCUCAGCUCUCGAAGUUAUGGACUUCAAGGGCCAGAAAUAGAUUCUCUGGAUGAAUUUAAACCUGAGGUAUCUGACGUAUGGAUGCCUACAAGUUCAUCAAAAUCAAUGGCAAAACAAAUUCAUGAGCCUGAAAUGGAUGAUUACGGAGAACCGGAAAAACCAGAAAAACUAAAUGACAAGGAAGAAAUGGAUUCAUUCGAAAGACUUAAUGACGAAAAAAUUGAAGAUCCCGAAAAUGGUAAUGAAGAUUUCGAGCAAGUGAAAAAAGUAAAAGAGGUGUCGAUAAUGACGUUGAAACCAAAAGAACAUAAUAAAGCAUUAGAUCCAAUAAGUGAUCAACAAGGCCGUCCACCUAUGAGAAUCAUACGGCCUAUGAGAGAUUUGAGUAUACUUGUCAGAAAUCGGCACCAUCCUAUAUUAAUAGCCCGGCAAGUACCUGUCCAUUGGAUACCUCACAAACAUCACCGUUCACAUAAACCACCAUAUCCACAUAAGCCACUACAUCCACAUAAGCCACUACUUCCACAUAAGCCACCACAUCCACACAAGCCACUGCAUCCACAUAAACCUCACCACCCUUCGAUGCCGAAACACAAACCAUGUAAGCCAUGUGACCCUAAAGUUCAUAAAAAACAUAAGCCAAAAAAACCGAAAAAAAAACCAAAAAAAAAACCAAAGAAAGAACACUGUCACCACCCGAAGAAAUCGCAUCAUAAACGAUUAUUAUAUUAUGCUCCUAUACCUACCGCCAUGAACUAUUACGGGUCACAUAUUCCGGUGAAACUGAUUCAAUCAAGUAAUAGUUAUGAUGUGGCAGAAAACCUAGAGAACGAAGAUGUAGAAAUUGAUACGGAAAGACCAUUUCACCAAGAAGUUGAAGAUGAUGUUGAAGAACAUAGGUUAGCCGAAAUGAGCGAACCUUUUGAUGAAGAGGUUCCCGAUGAAAGUAAAAUAAAAUCAAUUGAGAACAUUUAAAGAGUGAAAUGUAACUUUUUAUAAAAGAAAAAAAAUAAUCAAAUCAUUGCAAUCAAAGUUUUUAUCAGAAUUAUUGAAUUACGUACAUAAUUAUUUUAUCUAUGAUAUUUUGGUAGACAGAAACCUUUUUUAACCAUUCAACAAAACUUAACUUUAAUCGUCCACACAACACAUAUAUAAUAUGGACAGAACAAUUAUUUUAUUCAAUGACAUAUUAUAUAUCAUAAUAUUUUCAUAAAUCUCAAAGUGAUUGGAACAUUUUCUAUUAUAGUUUAUAACAUUAGAUUCAGUUUGUUUUUUGUGUAUUGGUUACAUGUGUAUGCAUUUGGUUUGUAUGGAUAUGAACUGUAUUAGUAGAUAUUAUUAUACAAAAUAUAAUAUUUGUUUUUCCAUAACCCUGAACAAGACAUUUAACGUAUUUUUCUAUAGUAUACAUACAUAGUUUAUCACGUAGGCAUGAUAAUUUUUUACAAUUUAUAACACUUAUUGGAUUACUUUACCUAUUAUUUAAAAUGGCUCAAAUCGUUUAUUUGGAAACGGUAAGGAGUGAUUAAUGGGGCUGAUUUAAAAACAAACGUUAUAUACAUUAAACAUUAUAUUACUAUGUUAUACAUUUUGUUUUUGUAAAAUAUUAAAUAAUAUGAAAUGAUCACGCUGCAUUAGGUUUUGUUCUGUAAGUGAUGUAUUUAUUUAUUGUAAGUGCAUAUUAAUAAUAAUAAUAA